UUAGGGUUUGAUUAAGGUUAGUUUACCAGAUGCUUUUGGUACCAGAUGAUGAUCUUUCGCACUUGGAUGACGGUGAGAAGAUGAAAGGAAUGAGACCUGGAGUACAUGUAUGUAUGUGAAUAGCUGUAACCGUGGCCAAGAUCAUAGAAACAAAUCAUUGCAAAAGCCAAUGAGGAGAUGCGUGCCAUGGAUCGUCAAACCCAAUCCCAGCAGCCUGGGCUCUGGACGACUCGUCGCGUAAAAGGUAAAUCGGAGAUGAUGUUCCAACGUUUGGUGGACCGCCUGUUCAGUGCUACCGUUGUCUUUUGCGCGUUUUUGGCAUUUCUUCGAGCACAAUUCGAUGGGACAUCUAGUAUGCAGGAGCACCGGGUCUGUGACCAACACAAUCGCCAACAUCCUUCGACGGGAAGCAAGCCACGAGUGGUGGACCUCUACGCCGUUCAUGGGCGUUCAGAUGUCCUGUUCCGACAACACAAGGCGACCGUCGCAACCCCCAAAAGGGUGCUCUUGGAGGACAAAUCUCCUAGGCAAAGGGGAAACUUCACGGACAAGUCGGAGAAUCAAGACUGGAUUUUGGAUUCGGAUGAAUAUGCCAAGAAGGGAGAACCCAUGUACUCGACCGACCCUCCUUGUGAGCCAAUGCAUAGCUGGCAAAUGCAAACCAACCCUGUUUGCAACCUUCUCCAUGAAAAAGACAUGACGAAUUUCUUCCGGUAUCAAGAACAGCAGUCUGAGAGUAGUAAUGGCAGAAACGAAGCACCAAAGGACAUUUUGCAUGAAAACGUCCGAUACCUGGCCGCGGGGGGAUACCGAGAAGUCUACAUGAUCCAAGACGACGCUAUCCACACGGACUGGAAAGAUAACCGAUUGGCACUCAAGACACUCAAGUAUAGUCGAAACUUCACCGAACGUCAUACGGAUCGACACCGGCGAGAUGCCGUGGCGGCAGAUCGUUUGACUUCGACUCCUGAAAGUGUCAACAUCUAUGGCUUUUGCGGGAACAGUGCCUUGUACCAGUUCGCCAAGGGAGGCAAUCUACGAGACGCCAUUGCGAGAUACAUUUCCAAUCCCGCCACGCCAGAGGCUGCCUGGAGCACUGAAAUACGCCUCCAAAUUGCCUAUCAAGUGGCCUCUGGAAUUGCCGCCGUUCACAAUGUCGAUGAAGAGGGUCGGGCGUCUCUUGCACACACUGACAUUAGUACCGACCAGUUUAUCUCUCUGGAUGGCCGUAUUGUGUUCAAGAUUAACGAUUUCAACCGAGCCAGGUUCUUGCGAAAGAAUUCUCUCGACAAUUCCUCCUGUCCCUUCACUGUGAAGAGUAACAAGGGCAAGUUCAGAGCUCCUGAAGAGUAUCGUUAUGAUCCCGAGACUGAAGCGAUUGAUGUCUACAGCAUGGGGAACAUUUUUUUCGUCUUGUUGACAGGCAAGUACCCGUUUGGCCAGUUCACAAAGAAGGCAGUCAAAAGAGCAGUGGCUAGAGGACUAAGGCCGGACUUUGGAGCCCUCGUGGACAGUGCGGAUCCACACGUUCAGACAUUGAUCCAAGCAGCCCGGAUGUGUUGGACUCACGACCCCUCGGAGAGGGCUACUGCUCGGCAAGUUCAACUCUUUCUACAGUCCAAGUUGCCGCCAUCAGCGAGCUGAGACCAUAAUGCCCUGUCAGCUUCAAUUUACACUUCCAACUAGCUAGAACCAUGUCAUGCUUUGUCCAACACGGAAACCGUGCACAUACCCCAGAGAUUUGGUUAGUUCAAUGUAAUGUAGGUUUUGCCAUGGUGCGAUGGAAGCAUCGUAACUUGCCUUUUUUCUUUUUUACUGGAUUUUCACUGCCCAUGCAGUCAUCUGUCAAGGCAGCGUCAAAGAAAGAAUGCCCCAAUGAACAGAUUUGAAGCUACCACACUGCAGCACCCUGGGCCAGGAGUUUUGUAUUGGUCCUGAUGUAGAUCUUGGAACCGGGUCAGGAGUGAC